GGCGGUCAGGACUCCGGCCUCUUUUCGGGCUUAGUCGGAGCCCGCGCCCCGGGUCGGGGUUUUCCGCGGGGCCUUCGGGAGGGCUUUCCCGGUCGAAGCCAAGGGAGCCCUCUCCAGGGUCCCCUGCCCCGGGCCCAACCGUCGCACCCCAGAUGCGCUGCCCCGCAGCUCGGUGAAAGCUGCAAACCCCCCCCGAGCCCCGGCUUGCGGGCAGGCGGCGGCGGCGGCGGCGGCGGCGGCGGCGACUGACAUGCCCGGGACGCUGCUGCGGCCAGCGGGCAGCCCGCGGGGGCGAUGAGCCGCGGCGGCCGGUGAGGAGCCGGGCAGCGGGGGCAUCGCGCACGUCCCUCACUCCCCUCACUUGCCCACUGCGCUCGGGAGACUGGGAGGAAACGGUGUCUGGCCCAUCAGGAGGACCAUUGGUGCUGCCGUGGAAGCCAGCGGCUAGAUCUCGUGUAUGGCGUGGUUAAGGUUGCAGCCUCUCACUUCUGCCUUUCUCCAUUUUGGGCUCAUUACUUUUGUGCUCUUCCUGAAUGGACUUCGGGCAGAGGCUGGUGGCUCAGGGAAUGUGCCCAGCACAGGGCAGAACAAUGAGUCCUGUUCGGGGUCAUCAGACUGCAAGGAGGGUGUCAUCCUCCCAAUCUGGUACCCAGAGAACCCUUCCCUUGGGGACAAGAUUGCCAGGGUCAUUGUCUAUUUUGUGGCCCUAAUAUACAUGUUUCUUGGGGUGUCCAUCAUUGCUGACCGUUUCAUGGCAUCUAUUGAAGUCAUAACUUCUCAAGAGAGAGAGGUGACGAUCAAAAAGCCCAAUGGAGAGACCAGCACAACCACAAUCCGGGUCUGGAACGAAACUGUCUCCAAUCUGACCCUGAUGGCCCUGGGAUCCUCUGCUCCUGAGAUCCUCCUCUCUUUAAUUGAGGUGUGUGGUCAUGGGUUCAUUGCUGGUGAUCUGGGACCUUCUACCAUCGUGGGCAGUGCUGCUUUCAACAUGUUCAUCAUCAUUGGCAUCUGUGUCUAUGUGAUUCCUGACGGAGAGACUCGCAAGAUCAAGCACCUACGAGUCUUCUUUGUCACUGCUGCUUGGAGUAUCUUUGCCUAUAUCUGGCUCUAUAUGAUCCUGGCAGUCUUUUCGCCUGGUGUGGUCCAGGUCUGGGAAGGCCUCCUCACUCUCUUCUUCUUUCCAGUGUGCGUCCUUCUUGCCUGGAUGGCAGAUCGGCGAAUGCUCUUCUACAAAUAUGUACACAAAAAGUACCGCACAGAUAAACACCGAGGAAUUAUCAUAGAGACAGAGGGUGACAAUCCCAAGGGUAUCGAGAUGGAUGGGAAAAUGAUGAAUUCCCACUUCCUAGAUGGGAAUCUAGUGCCCCUGGAAGGGAAGGAAGUGGAUGAGUCUCGGAGGGAGAUGAUCCGGAUCCUCAAGGAUCUGAAGCAAAAACACCCAGAGAAGGACUUGGAUCAGCUGGUGGAGAUGGCCAAUUACUAUGCUCUUUCCCAUCAACAGAAGAGCCGCGCCUUCUACCGGAUCCAGGCCACCCGAAUGAUGACUGGUGCUGGCAACAUCCUGAAGAAACAUGCAGCAGAACAAGCCAAGAAGACGUCCAGCAUGAGUGAGGUGCACACAGAUGAGCCUGAGGACUUUAUCUCCAAGGUCUUCUUUGAUCCAUGCUCUUACCAGUGCCUGGAGAACUGUGGGGCUGUGCUCCUGACCGUGGUGAGGAAAGGGGGUGACACAUCCAAGACAAUGUACGUGGACUACAAAACUGAGGACGGUUCUGCCAAUGCAGGGGCUGACUAUGAAUUCACAGAAGGCACAGUGGUUCUGAAGCCAGGAGAGACCCAGAAAGAGUUCUCUGUAGGCAUCAUCGAUGAUGACAUUUUUGAGGAGGAUGAACAUUUCUUUGUGAGGUUGAGCAAUGUUCGUGUAGAGGAAGAGCAGCCAGAGGAGGAGAUGCCUCCAGCCGUACUUAACAGUCUUCCCCUGCCUCGGGCAGUCCUGACGUCCCCUUGUGUGGCCACAGUCACUAUCUUGGAUGAUGACCAUGCAGGCAUCUUCACUUUUGAAUGUGACACUAUUCAUGUCAGUGAGAGUAUUGGCAUCAUGGAGGUCAAGGUUCUGCGGACAUCAGGUGCCCGGGGCACCGUCAUCGUUCCUUUUAGGACAGUUGAAGGGACAGCCAAGGGCGGUGGUGAGGAUUUUGAAGAUACAUAUGGGGAGCUGGAGUUCAAGAAUGAUGAAACUGUGAAAACCGUAAGGGUUAAAAUAGUAGAUGAGGAGGAAUACGAAAGGCAAGAGAAUUUCUUCAUUGCCCUUGGUGAACCGAAAUGGAUGGAACGUGGAAUAUCAGCGCUCCUGUUGUCUCCAGAGGUGACAGACAGAAAGCUGACUGUGGAGGAAGAGGAAGCCAAGAGGAUAGCAGAAAUGGGAAAGCCAGUGUUGGGUGAACACCCCAAACUGGAGGUCAUCAUUGAAGAGUCCUAUGAGUUCAAGAAUACAGUGGACAAACUCAUCAAGAAGACAAACCUGGCCUUGGUUGUGGGGACCCAUUCCUGGAGGGACCAGUUCAUGGAGGCCAUCACUGUCAGUGCAGCAGGAGAUGAAGAUGAGGAUGAGUCGGGUGAGGAGAGGCUGCCCUCCUGCUUUGAUUACGUCAUGCAUUUCCUGACUGUCUUCUGGAAGGUUCUGUUCGCCUGUGUGCCACCCACAGAGUACUGCCAUGGCUGGGCCUGCUUUGUCGUGUCCAUCCUCAUCAUUGGUAUGCUCACAGCCAUCAUCGGGGACCUAGCCUCCCACUUCGGAUGCACCAUUGGCCUCAAGGACUCCGUCACAGCUGUUGUUUUUGUGGCAUUUGGCACCUCUGUGCCAGAUACGUUUGCCAGCAAAGCAGCGGCUGUCCACGACGUGUACGCCGACGCCUCCAUCGGCAACGUCACGGGCAGCAACGCCGUCAACGUCUUCCUGGGCAUCGGCCUGGCCUGGUCCGUGGCCGCCAUCUACUGGGCCCUGCAGGGACAGGAGUUCCACGUGUCGGCCGGCACGCUGGCCUUCUCCGUCACCCUCUUCACCAUCUUCGCUUUCGUCUGCGUCAGCGUGCUCCUGUACCGCCGGCGGCCGCACCUGGGCGGGGAGCUGGGCGGCCCGCGGGGCUGCAAGCUGGCCACCACGUGGCUCUUCGUGAGCCUCUGGCUCCUCUAUAUACUCUUUGCCACGCUGGAGGCCUAUUGCUACAUCAAGGGGUUCUGAGCGAAGGGACCAGGCCUCCGGGAUUUCUAAGACAAGGGUGCGUCCCUUCUCUUGGGGGGGCACCUCUUUGGGCAGGGGUGUCGGGGAGAGGCCACCGCAGCGCGCGCGCGCCCACACACACACACACACACACACACACACACACACACACACCACCCAGCCCCAGGAAUGUCACCCGGCCUUGGCCCUGGCAGUGAACUGAAAGCGCAGUGUCUUCAUCACGCCAAUGGAAUGGAAGAAACACCCACCAUACAAAGUAUUUAAUUCAACACAAACCAACAACGCAACAAACCUCCACUCCAUCACCCCACCGGGUCCCUGACCCAGAGCAGAGGUCGGGGGACCCUCUCUCACCACUGGCUUCUGCCUUGCCUUGGGGGUGGGGGCUCCCUGGUGUGUCCCAUUCAGUUCCUCGAUGUCUCAUAUUCAGCUGCCAGGCUCAAGCCCCCGUGGGUGGUGGUGCCUGGACUCUUCUCUCUGUGGCUCUGCUUGUUUGGGUUUUGUUGUUGUUGUUGUUGUUGUUGAUGUUGCUGUUUGUUCUGUCUUUUUCUUUCCAAAGUUAGUGAUAAAGGUGCUGUAACGGGACUUGAGGUCUGAGCUGACAGACAUUAGCAUGAAUUUUAUUUUCAGAACCCUCCACCCCCUCACCCACCACCCCAGCCCCACCUUCCCCACUCCGUACCACUCUCACUGGCUAACCGCUGCCCACUCACUCUGGCUCCAUAGAGGUCCUGUCUUCCUUCUCUUUCUCCCCACCCCAAUACUUUAGAGGGCUGAUGGUAUGGGGGGAGAGGAGUCAGUCUGCAUACACCAUCUGCCUCUCCCCCAACUCCCCCACCCCCACCCUCCAUAGGGCAUGCAGGAAUGGGAGCUCCAGGUGGAUCCUGUAUAUGCAUACGUUGAAGUCAAGUGAAAAACAAAGAUGUCAUUAUCGUUCUCCCUGCCCAAGCCUCCUUGUGUCUGUGUCUACAAUGGCCCUCUUACGUAGAAGCCCUUCAGGUGGAAGCGAGAGGGCAAAAAAAAGGAAAAAGGCAGCUAAAGGGAAUAUCAAGUAGAAAUGCCCCUGGAAGGUACAGGGGUCUGGGCAGGAAAUGUUCAACCAGUGGGCCAGGAAAGGCUGGUGCUUCGGGAAACAUCCUGUAGCUCCCCUCACCCUUCCCUUCCCUAGUGUGCCCAGCUAAGAGGUCUUGAAGUCAUGUGUAAACUUACAGGCUCCUAAGAAAAUGAGAGGACUCCUUCCACCUCUGCUGGCCCACAUUGAAAAACACUUUCCUGAGAGAGGAACUGCAGCGACUCACCUCUCUGUCCCAUUGCUGCUUCUUGUUGAACCUCAUGAAGCAUUUUUUCCAGUCUGAGGGCUAAUUCUUGCCCCC